UAAUUUUGUUUUUCUGGAACCAAAACGCACAGCAACCCAGCGAGAAAAAUGGCCAAGAAGGGCGGCAUUGACUACAGCAAGUGGGAUCACAUUGAGAUCAGCGACGACGAGGACGAGACGCAUCCCAACAUUGACAACGCGUCGCUCUUCCGCUGGCGGCACCAGGCGCGUGUCGAGCGCGAGGCUGAGGAGAAGCGCGAACGCGAGGCCCUCAAGCACAACAUUGACGAAUCGGCCAAGCAACGCCAAGUACUGCAAGCCGCUGCUGCUCAUGCAAAGACGCUGAACGCACCGGAAGAUGCCGCCAAGAAAAUCGACGCUGCGCUCACCGAGGCUCAGAAGCAAGAGGAAGAGUUCCGGCGCAAGGAAGCCGAGCUCGAGCGAAUGGAGCGUGAGCAUCCCAAGUGGAACGUCGACAACAUUAGCAAGCCCGGCUUCAACAAGACGGUGGUGAACAAGGGCGCUGCAGCCACGCCCGCCUCAUCCUCAAAGUCGGACGAGGAGGAAGCACAGGAUUUGCGAUCGUUCAUCAAGAAGAACGAAGCACGUAUCAAAAAGUACGCCAUGUACUCCAAGCUCGACGAGACCCACAUGUAUCUCGGUGAAAACCUCGAUCUGGUCUGCGAAGACGCUGCCAACUACCUUGUGAUUUGGUGUCUCGAGCUCGAGAUGGAAGGCAAGCACGACCUCAUGAAGCGGGUCGCCCACCAGACGAUUCUCAUGCAGUACAUGCUUCAACUCGCCAAGUCGCUCAACAACGACCCGCGUGCGAAUGUCAACCGUUUCUUCAACAAGUUCCGUGUCGCCGACCAACCGUACUUGGACGCAUUCCAAGACGAGUGGACGUCGUUCGUUAAGCGCGUGCAAGACCGCGCCAAGGUCAAGAUUGCAGAGGCCGAGGCCGAGCAAGAGGCCAUUGAGCGUCAGAGCCGCCUCGGUCCCGGCGGCUUGGAUCCGUUCGAAGUUCUUGAAACACUGCCUGCACCUUUGCGUGAGGCGUUUGAAUCCCGCGACAUGGCCAAGCUGCACGCGGCUUUGGCAGCCAUGCCUCUCGAGGAAGCCAAGUACCACGUCAAGCGCUGCGAAGACUCUGGGCUUUGGGUUCCUUCCAAGAAUACCGAGGCGGACGAGGCGGGCGCCGCCGAGGAUGACGGCGCUGGGGUUGAGGAAGAAGGAAGCGACGAGGAGCAUUACGAGAAGGUCCCUGAAUGAGUUUCAGUGCUGCUUCCGUUGAGUAGUGUUUGCUUUUCAUCAAUACAACCUGUUUAAGACAA